AUGCAAAAGAAUGCAAAUAAAUUAGCACCUGGUGGUUCUUCCCAACCGAACGAGUCGUUUAACAGCAUCGUGGCCAGCAAACACCCUAAAAAAGAAUUCUAUGGUGCCUCAGAGUCAAUGCCAUUCAGAGUAGCUGCUGCGGUCUGCCAAGAAAACUACGGCACAUCAUAUAUCCUCAAAGUAUAUGAAAAACUUUGCCUAUCGCCUGGGAAAAAUACUGAACCGUUUCGGCACGUCAAGGAUGCAGAAAGGGCGAAAAACGCUAUUAAAAGACGCAGCAUUGCUUUCAAGCAACAGCGACUUUUUAGCAAGAAAAAGAGGUCGGCUCAAAAUGUUAGCGCUAAAAAACAAGAGGGAAUCACAUACAAAUCGGAAUAUGCAAUGUCAGCAGGAACACAGUUUUUCUUCGACCAGCUAGUUCAAUCGCACCAAAAAAACGUUGCUGAUAAUGAUGACGAUGAUGAUUCAACGUUGAUUUUAUUCGAUCUCGAAACUAGUGAUCUGAGCAGAAAUACGGCAGAAAUAUGUCAGAUUGCAGCACGUCAUGAUGAAAAUGAGUUCAACGUGUAUAUGGUUCCAAAAAGUAUAGCUCCCGAAGCAACAAAUGUUACAGGGUUGCAUGUUGAAAACAACGAUCUGUUCUUACACAAUGUGUUACUGCCUACUCUACCACCUCGAGUUGCAUUCGACAAAUUCAUGAGUUUUUUGCGCUCUGUUCAAAAUAGAGUUAUUUUAGUUGCUCACAAUGGACUGAAGUUUGAUGCUCCCAUUAUUCUGCGAUAUCUCCAGAAAUACGGGUUUCUUGAAGAAUUCGAAAGGAUUACUCGUGGUUUCUCAGAUACUUUGCCCAUUUUUAGAAAUGAGCUGAAGGAUCGAGCUAACCAGAAAAAGAGUUUUUCUCUGACGUCUUUAGCAAACGACUAUCUUGGAGGAACAGCAGCUGAUGGAGCUCAUAAUGCUUUGACUGAUAUCAAUAUAUUAAAAAAAUUAAUUGAAACAUUAAAAAUCCCAGAAGAACAUUUCCGAAAAUCAUCUCUCUCUGUACGGAAAUUUAUUUGGCAACAACAACUGACAGCUCAUCGAACUAAUCUGAAAGCUUCUUUGAAGGGCCUUGCACCUGAAAUUUCGAAGGGGAUGUUUUCAAAAAUGGCUCAAGUGGGCAUAAGUUUAGAUUUAUUAAAAAAAACCUAUACUGAUGGUGGUCAGGAUGCCAUACGAAUUUUAUUGACAGAGGAUGUAUCCGGAAAACCUCGAGUGACCAAAAACGCUUCGAUAAUUGCAAAAGUUGUAAAAAAAAUGGAAAACAACGAAUAA